AUGGGAGACAAUAGUAAUCUGUACAGCAAGGCGGAGUCUGAUGCACACCAUCGCCGAGGAUACCAGGCCUGUGAUCCAUGUCGCAAACGCAAGGUCAAGUGUGACCUAGGAACAACUCGCCGAAAGCGCAAGACCUCCGAUGCCGAGGAAGAUGAAGUGGAAGCCGCGGCGAUCCUCCAUCGCGACAAGCGAAUGAUGAUUGGGGAGGUGGCCAAGAAUGAAAGUCCAGUUGAAGGCCCGCCAUUUGCGCCCUCCGAUCCACCUCAGUUCGGCCAUGAAGCUGUGCUUGCCCAACAGAGAUGGUCCGAGACACCUGCACCUCAUGCGCCUCAUGCGCCUCCAGCACCCCCAGCACCUCCAGCCCCGCGUUACACGCCCAGUGUGCCAACAACACGAGCUCCCACAUAUCCCGUCAGCGAACGCCCCGCGCCACCUAGCUAUGGAGGACCUCCGAUGAUGAACCGCACUGCGGUGGAGUUGCUGUCGCCUGCAAUUACAAACACCCACGACGCUUUGCAUCUUCUCUCUGAAGCUGCGGGUAGAACAGAGGAUCUCAACCGCCAGAGUCUCGAGAAUCGGCUUGCUGCACGGCAGUCUGUCUCGUCUUUCAACUCUGGGCCUUCACCUCUACCUCAAGGCAGCUCGCCUCGGAGCUUGGGUGGGUCCUUUGUGCGGACACCUCGAUCAGGAAUGUCUAUGGGCGGGUCUACAUACUACCCGGCUGGUGCUUCAGGGCCAGUAGAUCCCCACAUCGCCGAUCCCGGCCCCCAAAGGGAAAGCCCAGUCAACAAUCCUCCCCCAGAGCCGAAUUAUCUUGACGCAAUCCGAGCUUGGUCGCGACUACGAUUCGUCCGUGCCGGCUGGCUUACAGUGGAGGAGGGCAUGGACUAUGUGGAGUAUUACUACGAACACCUCGCGCCGAUGAGCCCUGUUGUAAUCCCCGACUUUUCUCAUCCCUCUACGCACCGCACAUUGCUUACCGAUGAGCCGGUGUUGGCGGUUACAAUCCUCACUAUCGCGUCUAGACACCUGAAACCCAAGGGCGAGGGUGCUAAUACGCGGGCGUUCUAUAUUCACGACCGUCUCUGGGCAUAUCUACGCAGCAUGAUAGAACGCCUAUUCUGGGGCCAAGAGAAAUUCGACGCUGGGACAUCGGGCAUUGGCCGACCUCGAUCGCUUGACUUGAGUUCAUCAAUGUCAGGCAAAGGUAGUGUGGAGUGGCACCCGCGAAACCUCCACUUUCCACCGGGUGACGAUGAAAAUUCUCUUUUGGAUACAGAUCCCCAGACAUACAGUCGGGCCGAUAACCCCUUGGAUAACGACGGCGAGCCUACUAGCAAAGGCUCAGAGGGAAGGGUCGCAUUUCAGAAAUGGCUGGAACCGGCCUGGCGAUCCGACCGGAUGUCAUGGAUGCUACUGAGUACGGCGCAAGCUCUGGCUUUUGAACUUGGCGUUUUCGACCCUAAAGGAGAUGCCAAGGUGGCCAAUGAGCCGCUAUCCGAGCAAACACGGAAACGUCGACUGCGGCGUUUGAUCCUGGUGUUUAUUACGCAUAGCAGUGGACGUCUAGGGAUUCCAUCUAUGCUCCCAUUGCCUCAAUGGGGGCAGGAUAUUACGCCGACGUCUGCUGAUGCGAAGGAUGCUGAUGCCAAUCUUGAUCGGAUGCAGGAUUGCUGGAUCAGCAUUUCGAAAAUUGUCUAUCAGGCCAAUCAUUUGUUGUUUGCAUCCAGCGAUCAGACUAUGGAUUUGAUCAGGAGUGGAAGAUAUCGUGAGCAGAUCGACCGCUUCCAACCUUAUCUACGAGAGUUCCAGCAGCAGCUGGACAGUGUUAAUCUUUCGCCGGCUAUGCGGAGCGUUUUGCUGAUUGAGCUUGAGUACACCCGUCUCUAUAUCAACUCCCUCGCUCUACAAGCGGUUGUCGAUCGAUGGACUACCAUGUCCAAUGAGUCCGCUCAGAGUCAAAACCAGAACCAGAAUGGCCAACCAGGACCGGGGCCGUCUAAUAGCAGCAACAGCUGGUUCCAAACGUUGAAUGAGCUCUACCGUGUCAAUGAGCAUUAUAUCCAGCAAGUCAUUGAUUCCUCACGCAAAAUUCUGCAGACUGUAUUGGAUGGCCUCGUCCCCGAAGGUCGUCUCAGACACGCACCUAUUCGAACGUUUUUCCGAAUCUUGUCUGGAAUGAUAUUCAUCUUGAAGACUUUCACAUUGGGUGCUAGAGAAGACGAUGUGCGAGUCUCCCUAGACCUGCAGGACCGGACGGUAGAGGCACUGCGUAAUUAUGUCGUGGAUGACGUGCACCUUAGCAACACGGUAGCCCGGCUUCUUGAGCUUCUCACUAGCAGCAUUCGGACGCGCUUUCUGCGCUUUGCACCGCAUGACAGGGGCGCAGACGGAGAGGGACCUGAUCGCACCUCGGUCCCAGACUCGGGGCCUCAUUCACCAUCGCGUGAGCACUCAACAACUCGUCGUGAUGGCCCGAGUACACCAUGGCCCGCUAACCAGGGUCAUGAUACAACGUCAGGCGGGUCGGGCCUAGGAUAUGUGGACACUCCUGGCUCCGGCCACCCGAUGGUGUCAGGGCAUGAUCCACUGGCGAACAUCCCUGCCCAGCCGAUCAACUCAUCCAACCUCAAUGUAUCCUUCAUGCCGCCUCCGCCGUCCGUGUACCACAACUACUACGAGUCCAACUCGACAUUCCCUGCCAAUGAUAUGGACAGAUCAUCGCCAAAUCAGGUCGCGUCAUCACAGACCAUGGGCGACAGCCACCAUUCUACCUCCGGCGCGCUUCCGGACUGGUUUGCUCUACCUCUUGAUCAAUUCUUCAACAGCUCCACAGGAGUUGUUGACCAGGGUCUGGGUGGGACUGGACCCAUGCUUGGCGAGUUCGACAUGCUCGAGGUACUCCUCAAUGAGGGGUAUGAUGGGAACACUAACGGCGAGGGUGAGACUGGGGCCGGGCUAUCGUCCCAGUAUCUGUGA